AUGGCUCUAUCACGCCUCUCAUCGCGAUCUAACAUCAUCUCACGCCCCCUCUCCGCCGCCUUCCGCCGUUCCAUCUCAACCGACACCACACCGAUCACAAUCGAGACCUCGCUUCCUUUCACCGCUCACCUAUGCGACCCACCCUCUCGCUCCGUCGAAUCCUCCACCCAAGAGCUCCUCUCCUUCUUCCGCACCAUGGCUCUGAUGCGCCGCAUGGAGAUCGCCGCCGACUCGCUUUACAAAGCGAAACUAAUCCGAGGGUUCUGCCACCUCUACGACGGCCAGGAAGCCGUGGCCAUCGGGAUGGAGGCCGCGAUCACGAAGAAGGACGCCAUCAUCACGGCCUACCGCGACCACUGCAUCUUCCUGGGCCGCGGGGGGUCGCUGUACGAGGUGUUCGCGGAGCUUAUGGGGAGGCAAGACGGCUGCUCGAGAGGGAAAGGUGGGUCGAUGCAUUUCUAUAAGAAGGAUUCGUCGUUCUACGGUGGGCAUGGGAUCGUCGGUGCUCAGGUUCCGUUAGGCUGUGGGAUUGCUUUCGCGCAGAAGUAUUCCAAGGAGGAGGCGGUGACGUUCGCUAUGUAUGGCGAUGGUGCUGCCAAUCAAGGGCAGCUUUUUGAAGCUUUGAAUAUCUCUGCUCUUUGGGAUUUGCCUUCCAUUCUCGUCUGCGAGAACAAUCACUAUGGGAUGGGAACUGCUGAGUGGAGAGCUGCCAAGAGCCCUUCUUACUAUAAGCGUGGUGAUUAUGUUCCUGGUUUGAAGGUAGAUGGUAUGGAUGCGUUUGCUGUCAAACAAGCUUGCAAAUUUGCUAAGGAACAUGCCUUGAAGAAUGGACCGAUAAUUCUUGAGAUGGACACGUACAGGUACCACGGUCACUCUAUGUCCGACCCUGGGAGCACAUACCGUACACGAGAUGAGAUAUCUGGUGUGAGACAGGAAAGAGAUCCAAUUGAGAGAAUUAAAAAGCUGGUACUAUCUCAUGACCUAGCAACCGAGAAGGAGCUUAAGGACAUGGAGAAGGAAAUUAGGAAAGAAGUAGAUGACGCUAUUGCCAAAGCUAAGGAUUGCCCAAUGCCAGAGCCUUCUGAGCUUUUUACCAAUGUGUAUGUGAAGGGAUUUGGCACCGAGUCAUUUGGAGCUGACAGAAAAGAAGUCAAAGCUGCACUUCCAUGA